CGAAAGUUUCUGAUUGCCAAUGCUGUCCUCCCACAAACACCCAUCAUUUUCUGCAACGAUGAUCUUUGCCACCUGUGUGGAUAUUCCCGAGCGGAAAUCCUUCAACGGUCCGCGGCCCUAGAAUUCCUAUAUGGUCCAUUAACAUCGUCCAAGGCGAUUGGUGACUUGAAACGAACUCUGACAGAAUGCGAGGAGCGGCUCAUUUUGGCUAUUCUGUAUGAUAAAUCAGGUACUCACUUUGUGUGUCAGAUUGCCGUGGCACCAGUGCGCAACGCGGAAGGUCAAGUACGGCUGUAUAUUCUAACAUUCCGAGCGGCUUCGGAUUUCGAUGUGGCCAAAAGUUCCAUCCAAGAGUCCUACAAAGGAGUUCACUCGACAUGGGCGUCACAAUUACCACGCCUGCUUGGUCUUACACGAAUCCUCACGUCAAUCGGACAGCGACAGCGUUUGUCUACUUCAUCGUCAAAGGCUCACUCCGGAGUCUUGGAGGACUCGGAAGAAUCCACUAUUGCGGAUGGCACAAGACAUCCGUUGGUGGUUGAAACCGAUCGAUCCCCUGGUUAUGAUGACACAUCAGACCCCUCUCAUCGUUAUCUCAGUUCACUUCAACGGGACUUAAAGGGCCCAGCUUACAUUCAAUUUUGA